GUUUUGCAUCUAUCUAUCUAUCUAUUUAUCUCUUCAAUGCUUUAAAUAGCCUUUAAAUUCUCAAAUUUCAUAAAUAGUUAUAUACUCUAUAGUUCUUCAUCUUUUCAUCUUACUCUUUCUUCACAAUCAUGUUAGAUUCUAUAUUGGAGUUGAUUACUCAAGCUGCUUCUAGCUCAACAUUCAUAUUUUGCUUUUGCAAUUUGAUCAUAGUUAUUAUUUUAUUGGAUUUGAAGCCAAGUGUAAAUGUUCAUCACAAGAGUGAAAUCCAUCUUUCAAUAUGUGAAACUCUAAAGCAAGAAAUCAACUCCAAGACUAUAAAAUCAUUGACACAAGAGAAAGAAGUCUCGCGUGUCGUCAUCGACGCAGAAGCUAAAGAAGAAGAGGAAGAAGAAGACGAGAUUGUAAUUGAAAAGGAUCAUGGUGUUGAUUGCAACAAUGAUGAUGUUGAAAUUGAAGAGAAUGACGAUGAGUUGAGGAAAAGAGUGGAAGAGUUUAUUGAGAAAGUUAACAAAAAAUGGAAAGAAGAAUUGUUGAGCACAUCAAGAUUAGUAUAUGCCAAAAAUAAUAAUGAGAUUUUGGUUAUAUGAAACAUGGUUUAGAUUUUAUUGUAUUAUGAAGAUAGUUUUGUUCAUAAGUGCUACAUAAUUUCAAUGGAAUAUUGACUUGAAAUUAAUCACUCUUGCUUAUGAGUUUUUAUUUUUUAUUUUUGAGGAGAAUGUUUCUAAAAGAAAAGAAGAUAAGAAUUUUAAAUUUUUAGAAUAUUAUUCUUGCACACAUCACAUGGAUAAGAAGAAAAGUGAAAAAGCAAAAAGAGCAUCUUUGGAAUAAGAAUAUGUAGGGAUUCCUUUUAUUUAUUUCUAUUACUAUUUUUUUCUUGUAAAGAAAUUGUUAGUGGGCAUUUUUUUAUUCCAAAAACUUUAUUUUUCUUUAUCCUCAUAUUAGAUUCAA